AUGGGCCACGACGCGACAUCCGCGGGGCCUUCCAGCGGAUGGAACCACGGAUACUCCCAGCCGAACCGCUCGCCGGCGGCGCCACCGCCGCAUGUCCUCCCUCCGACAGUGCCGCGUGGGGUAGGCAAAAUCGACCUGGGCCUUGAUCGUAUGCGGGAUCUCAUGCGCGGUCUCCCGCCCAUGACGACCCCGGCCGUCCACCUGGCCGGGACGAAUGGCAAGGGAUCCGUGUCGGUGAUGAUGGAGUCAUGCUUCCGUGCGGCUGGUUUCCGCACCGCCCGUUACAAUUCACCCCACCUGCUCGAGGCACGUGAUGCCAUCCGCAUCGACGGCAUGCCCCCAUCGCGCGAGGAGUACGCCAAUGCACUAGCGCAUGUUGAGCGCGUCGCCAAGGAUCGCAACCUCGACGCAACAAUGUUUGAGGUCGCGACCGCGGCCUUCUUCUACAUGGCCUCGACGGUCCAACCCCCCGUGGACAUCAUGAUCGUCGAGUGCGGCAUGGGCGGUGCGCGCGACGCUACCAACGUUAUGCCCGACGAGAUCAUCCUCGCGUCCGGCCUCACAUCCGUCGGGCUCGACCACACCGACCGUCUCGGCACCACCAUCGGGGAGAUCGCGCGCGAGAAGGCGUCGAUCGUAGUCCCCGGCGCGGUGCUGGUCACCUCGCCGAACCUGCACCCCGAAGCGGCCGGCGUGGCGCGCGCGAUCGCGGACGAGCGCCGCGCGCACUACAUCCUGGCGGCGCCGAGCCGCAUGCUCGCGCCGCAAGGCGGCCUGUCCCUCGUGCCGUUCCGCGAGCCGGCGCCCGCGACGGUCCGCACGCCGCUGGCCGGCGUGACGUCGCGGCACCUCGACACAGCGCUCGCCCUCGGCGGCGCACACCAGCUCGACAACCUCUCGCUGGCGCUGACGCUGCUCGACGUGAUGCGGCACGACACGCGCGCCCUGGGCAUCCAGCCCAAGCUCAAGCAGCUGACCGAGGCGCACCUUGCCGCGGGCAUCGCGAAUGCGCGGUGGGAGGGCCGCUGCUCGUGGCUCGCAUGGCGCAAUAGCGACACGCCCGUCCCCAUCCUCGCGGACGGCGCGCACAACGCCGACUCGGCGACUACGCUGCGCGCAUACAUCGACAGCCUUGAUCUUCCGCAUCGCCCACGCACGUUCAUCGUCUCGCUUUCGGCCAACCCUGCCAAGACGCCGCAGAGCGUCCUCGCCCCCCUCUUGCGCCCCGGUGACCGCGUCGCCCUCGUCGAGUUCACCACCCCCGUCGAGGGCAUGCCGUGGAUCCGGCCCGUUGAGAAGGCGGCCAUGCGAGCCGCUGCGGAGGCGCUGCAGGCCGGCGAGAUUGUCGACAUGCCCGGUGCGGGCCCACACGCCCUCGCCGGCGCCCUCCGCUGGGCGCAGAGCGACUGGAACGCUCGCGGCCCAGGCCUCACCAUCGUGUGUGGAAGUCUGUAUCUCGUCGCGGACGCUUACCGUCUCCUUGGCGCUUAG